GCGUGCAGCAGCCAACAGAAGAUCUUGGCAAACAAGAGCAAGAGGCAGUCCAUACGGAGUCGGUUGCAGAGGUGCAGCAGGAAUCUCCUGCAGCUUCGCCCCAACAUAGCACCACACCAACCAUCACACAGGUCGAAGAGGCACGCGUGCACCAACCAGCAGAAGAUCUCAGCAAACAAGAGCAAGAGGCAGUCCAUAUGGAGUCGGUUGCAGAGGUGCAGCAGGAGUGGGGUGCAAUGAACAAUUGUUCACGUUACAUUCCACUGUAUAUCCGAGACGAAUAUAGACAAACCUUAUUUGCAGAGCAUCGGAUGUGCAAACAUCCUUUAAGAUUUUUUGAGGAAUCUCCUGCAGCCUCGCCCCAACAUAGCACCACACCAACUGUCACACAGGUCGAAGAGGCACGCGUGCAGCAGCCAGCAGAAGAUCUCAGCAAAGAAGAGCAAGAGGCAGUCCAUACAGAGUCUGUUGCAGAGGUGCAGCAGGAAUCUCCGGCAGCUUCGCCCCAACAUAGCACCACACCAACCGUCACACAGGCAGUCCAUACAGAGUCAGUUGCAGAGGUGCAGCAGGAAUCUCCUGCAGCUUCGCCCCAACAUAGCACCACACCAACCAUCACACAGGUCAAAGAGGCACGCGUGCAGCAGCCAACAGAAGAUCUCAGCAAACAAGAGCAAGAGGCAGUCCAUACGGAGUCGGUUGCAGAGGUGCAGC